GAUCACAUUCCUGAUGUAGCUGACGGUAAACGCUGCAGUCAAGUCACAAGAAAGGUUUCUCUGAGAGGAAAAAAUAAGCCAGUUAUUAUCAAGGUUUGCUGGGGAUUGCUGAUGUGAGAUGGCUGAAGCUAGCAGUCAACUCUCUGAAGACCAGUGUCUUUGUCCAAUCUGUCUGGAAGUGUUUGUGGAUCCCGUCACCUUACCAUGUGGACACAACUUCUGCAAGAAGUGCCUGACACAAGACUGGGAUGUUACUGGACUAUGCCAGUGCCCUGCGUGUAAACAUGUGUUUGACAGAAGACCUGAACUGCGGGUGGUAUCUGAGACGGAAGAUCAGUGCAGGGUAUCACCUCAGAAAGAACUGGACGAAAAACUAUGUGAGAAGCAUGAUAGACCUCUGGAGAUGUUCUCUGACACUGACCCGUACUAUAUGUGUCACCUGUGUACAGGGACAGAUCACAAGACACAUAGCUCCUGCUCUCUGAAAAAACAGAAAAACUAUGCUACAAUUCAGAAAAUGAUCCAGGAGAGGCGAUUUAAGAUUGAGGAGAUCAAAGAGUCAGUGAAGCUCAGCCAGGAAGACGCAGAAAUAGAGGCGGCAGCCAGUGUGCAGGUGUUCACUGCUCUGGUCCAGUCUGUAGAGAGAGGUCUGGCUCAGCUCAUUGACACCAUUGUAGAGAAGCAGAAAGCAACAGAGAGACAGGCUGAAGGCUUCAUCAAAGAGCUGGAAGAGGAAAUCUCUGAGCUGAUGAAGAGAAGCUCUGAGGUGGAGCAGCUGUCACACAAUGAAGAUCAUCUCCACUUCCUCCAGAGCUACUCAUCAUCACUGAACACUGCUCCACCCACCAAAGACUGGACCGAGGUCAGAGUUCACUCAUCGUAUGAGGGGACAGUGAGGAGAGCUGUGGCUCAGCUGAAGGAGACCAUCAAUAAAGAGGUGAAGAAGCUGACUGAAGAUGAAGUGAAGAGGGUCCAGCAGUUUGCAGUAGAUGUGACUCUUGAUCCUGAUACAGCGCAUGCAGCUCUCAUCCUGUCUGAGGACAGGAAACAGGUCAGCUGUGGUGAUGUUAAAAAGUGCAGGCCAGACAAUCCAAAAAGGUUCUCCUCUAGUCCUUGUGUCUUAGGAAAACAGAGUUUCUCUUCAGGCAGAUUUUACUAUGAAGUUGAGGUUAAAGGUAAAACUAAAUGGGAUUUAGGCGUGGCCAGCGAGUCAAUCAACAGGAAGGGUCCAAUAGCAGCUAGUCCCCUGGCAGGUCUUUGGAUUAUAUGGCUGAAGAAGGGAAAUGAGUACAAAGCUCUAGAUGAGCCAAGCAUCGUUCUGACUCUGAAGUCCCAGCCUCAGAAGGUGGGGGUGUUUGUGGACUAUGAGGAGGGUCUGGUCUCAUUUUAUGACGUAGAUGCAGCAGCUCUCAUCUACUCCUUUACUGGCUGUAAUUUUUCUGAGAAACUCUACCCCAUCUUUGGUCCAGGUCUUGGUGAUGGUCAGACCAACUCUGCCCCUCUAGUCAUCUGUCCUCUCAUCUGAUUACACUGGAUUAAAAAUGAUUAUUAGGAGGAUGAUUGGCGAAAAAGUAAAUUAAUAAAAAUAAAGAACCUGAAGAUUGUUUCCCGUUCUCUUGUGGUUGUAGUUAAAAAAUGGAGGAGUUAAGGUGGGGCUUAGAAUAGGAAACACAUGGGUCUAAUGGCUAUCCGUAACAACCACCCGUGCUAAAGCUGAUCUGCCAUAGCUACUCACAUGUAAUUUUAUGUUAGUUCAGCCCCACAGUCUGCUACUGGCCAAAAAGAAAAGGUCUAGACUUUGGUUGUGCUUGACCUAGACCGUGGACGUAAAGACUGGAGGUGAACGGAGUGAAGGGACGCAGCAGUCUAAAUUGAGAUGACAUCUCCAAGCAGAUGCAUGUUUUUCAAGUUUGACUUCACAGAUGUAAGAUAAGCCUUUAUGAUAAGAUCAUCCUUUAAUUGAUCCCAAAGGGGCUGACUGAGAUUGUGGCAGAACCCGAAUGGUUAAACCUGAAUAAUUUUCUGUAUGUUGUUAGACUGUUAUGUCAAAGUCUGAAUUAGACUAAAUGAAAAUUUCAAUGAAAAUUGCCUCAUAUCUGUAUGUGCUAUUUCUACAGAGUUAAUGAAAUGAAUAAAUAAUACUAACUUCCAAUGAAUCCAGCGUCCAGUUUAAAUAUCUAAUCAAAUAAAUGAAAGAUAUGUUGGUGUUAUGGUAUAACGAUAUAUAUAUAUAAUAAUAAAGAUAUAUGAUGGUGUUAUUCUCUAUUGAUGGGCCUAGUCACUGUUGUCAAAUGAUUGUCAUUUAGA